AUGUCCGACCUCCGGAGAGUUCUUCACUUGUCCAAGGCAUUUUACUUUGUGGUGGUUCUAUUGUGUGCUCUUUUCACCCUCAUAACAUUUGAGGUAUCUCUUAUUAAUGGAGCACAGAAUCAGAUGGAAUUUGAAGCACGCCGGUCCUACAAAGUUAAUUCUGAUGUAAAUUUUCCAGAUGUAUUCGAUGAUCAUAGUAAGUCUAAGUUUGAAUCCAAACAAUUGGGGCAGCAACAUAGUCUGGACAAUGUAUGUCGUCAUUCGAAUUCAUUUUGUUUCCCAUCAACAUUGGCUGGGUUAUUAUGUGAAGAAAAUGAUGCUGAAUUUGAAGUAUUAGACACUUCUAGUGUUCACACUGAUGUUAGAUUAUAUGCUGGACUGAACCAAGCGAAACAUAUCGUAAGUCGGUCAUCGGACAGUGGCAAGUUCAGAUUAUUGGGCGGAAGGACUAUUUCUUGUUCUUUGUGCUACGAAGAGAGUUAUAAUGAAUUGCCAUGUCAUAACUCAAGGAAUGAUCAAGAAAAUGGUUUCACUUCUUGUAUAAACCCAUUACUUGCCCACGAAACCCGAAAUUUAAAAUUGACCAAGAAUAUUGAAACAGUCAAAUCUGGCUUUUUGGACAGCUUUUCAACACCACAUGUGGAAAUUAAACCUUCUCUGCUGGACUGGGGACAGAAGGACUUGUAUUUUCCUUCCUUAGCUUUUUUAACAGUGAAGAACAUUGGCAGUGACAACAUUUUGAAUGUCUACGAGCCUUACAGUAGCAACUCACAGUUUUAUUCGUGCAAUGUUAGUGAAAUUUUGCUGGCUCCUGGGGAAGUUGCAUCAGUUUGUUUCGUGUUUUUGCCGACAAAGUUAGGUUCGUCCUCAACGCAAUUAGUUUUGCAGACAAGCUUAGGUGGUUUCUUGAUUCCAGCUAUAGGGUUCGCUGUUGAGUCCCCUUAUGGUGUAAAGCCUUUAAUUGGUCUUGGUCUUUCCUCCAGCGGAAGGUGGAGAAAGAAUUUGUCUUUGUUUAAUCCUUUUGAUGAAGCCCUCUAUGUGGAGGAAGUAACUGCUUGGCUAUCAAUUUCUUCUGGAGAUACUUCCCACUCAUCAAAAGCAAUAUGUAGCACUGAAAGUAUUGAAGAAUCUAGUGAGUACCAUACGCUGAGUGCUAAAGAAUGGUUGGAUGCUGAAAAUGGUGAAGUUGGUCUACCACAAAUUGCGAUAAGGCCACAUAAAAAUUGGGAGAUUGGCCCUCAAAAAACAGAGACUAUUAUGGAGUUAGAUCUGUCGUUCCAAUAUGAAGGAAAAGUUUUUGGUGCAAUCUGUAUGCAGUUGCUGAGAUCUUCAAAAAAUAAGAUCGAUACAAUAAUGGUUCCUCUUGAAGCACAACUGAAUGUAAAUUCAGGUUAUGGUGAACCUAUUCAUCCUGUUUCAGUGUAUAUGGAAGCCCCAAUGCCAUGUCUUGUUGCGCUUUCAGUGAGAAAUGAUGCUCCUUAUGUACUGAGUGUUACCAAAGUCACCGAAGUCGGGGAAAAUACUGCCAAUUUUCAUAUUAAAUACAUGGAAGGUCUUGUACUUUUUCCUAAUACUGCUACACAAGUUGCUGUUAUUGUUUACAAUCCCUUAGAAACUCCCGAAGUAAACAUGAACUGCAAAUUGGUCAUACUAAUAAAUGACACAAGUUCUCAGAUUGAAAUUCCCUGUGAAGAUGUAAUCAGUAUUGGUCGACAACAUGAGUUAGAUUCUUGUAUUGGAUAUAGACUGCAGUCCAGAGAUGUAGAACAUACCAAUGCGCAUAUAUCUUUAAGCAGCAGCAAGCAGCCACCGUCAGAGAUGAAGGCAGUGGAUGCAAGAGAAGCAGAGGAGCUGGUACUCGGAAACUGGAAGUCUCAUGCGGCCACAAAUUUCAUGUCUGUUCUUGAUGAAAAUGAAGUACUUUUCCCUAUAGUUCAAGUUGGAAGUCAUUGGUCUCAGUGGAUAACUGUCAAAAACCCAAGCCAAGAAUCAAUUGUGAUGCAGCUUGUUCUUAAUUCUGGAGAAAUUAUUGAUGAUUGCAGGACAUCUGACACUCUUAUGCAACUGCCUUCAUCCGGUAGUUUGGUGGGUAAUAAAUCAAUUGCUCAUACAAGGUAUGGUUUCUCAAUAGCAGAUAGUGCAGUGACAGAAGCUUUUGUUCAUCCUUAUGGUAAAGCGUCCUUUGGCCCAAUUCUCUUUCGUCCCUCUAAUCGAUGUGAAUGGAAAAGUUCAAUUUUGAUAAGGAAUAAUCUCUCUGGUGUGGAGUGGUUAUCUUUGCGUGGAUUUGGGGGGUUAGUUUCCUUGGUCUUGUUUGAUGAGGCUAUUCCUGUGCAAGGUUUAGAAUUUAAGUUAAACUUGCCAACUCCAAAUAGUUUUUUGUCUCCAGACGUGUCACAUUACAUGGAAGACAAAAGUCUUGCCUGCUCUGAGCCUUUGAUAAAAGAGCUGUACGCAAAGAACACGGGAGACCUUCCUUUAGAGGUAAAGCGAAUUGAAGUUUCUGGGGCUGAAUGUGGUAUGGAUGGGUUUCUAGUAAAUUCUUGUAAGGGUUUCUCUCUUCUGCCUGGGGAGUCUAUAAAGCUUCAGAUAUCAUAUCAGACUGAUUUCUCUACAGCUACAAUAAAGAGGGACCUUCAACUGGUUCUGGCGUCAGGGAUUUUUGUGAUUCCUAUGAAAGCGAGUAUUCCCAUGUCUGUACUCAACUUCUGCAAAAGAUCUACAUUCUGGAUUCGAGUUAAGAGAUCAAUGGUUGCGAUUCUUUUUUUCAUUUUCAUAUUGUUACUGCUGCUCUGUUUCUUGUUUCCCCAUGUAAUGGCCUUUGGCUUUCAAGAAUACUUGUUUAAGAGUGGGAAAAGCUCCAUUUCCACUGUGAGCUUUGCAGAAAAAUGUUCUAAUGGGCAUCACAAUCCCAAAAACCAUAGCAAGUAUCCCAAAUCCCAAAAAAUGAGUGGCCUUAUAAGUUCGAAUGGGAAAGACUUGCUAGAAUCUGAUGGCGGAGCUGGUGCCCGGAAACAUGUAAAUCCAUCUAUGGGAUAUCGAAAGCAAACCAACACUCUAUUGAAUACUCAGGAAGAAGCCAUAUCAUCACUCUCUUCACUGUCAAAACCUGUAUCAGUUGAACGCCCUGAUAUUCAAGAUGCAUCACAAGCUGGAAUCCUGACGGUUAAAAUUGGAAAGGGGAAGGGAAGGAGGCGACGGAAGAAUAAGAGUUCCAGUACAGCACUAAAUGGACUUUUUGAAGUUUCAAGCAGUCAGAGUGGAAAUUCUACACCGACCUCACCCUUUUCACCUGUCACAUCUGUGGAAGCCAAACAUACAUUCACUCAGGUAGCUGAUCAGCAAUGUGAUAAAAACACAUCUACAGAACCUCUCUCUAAGGUAAAUGCAUUGGGGGCUGAUCUUUCUUUGAAUCUUAGCAACAGUAAUUGGUUCUUUUCUGCUCAAGAGAAGCCAAGUUUAGCAAGAAAAGUGGCUGGCAGAGCUGUUGUGAUGACUUCUGCAACCUUUCCUAUUUCUGGAAGGGCUCCCCCACAUUUGACAUGUCAAUCUCCCGUUUUGGCUUCGACAUCUACAAUUGCUUCACAUGCUCGAGCUCCUGGUUCCAAACUUCGUGAUGAAAAACUGGAUAAAAUUGAGCAAAAGAUGGGAAUUCAGGAAAAUUAUACUUAUGAUAUAUGGGGGGAUCAUCUUUUUGGACUUCCUUUGACUGGUAGUUCAAAGGAGGAUUCUAGUAUGUCACCUCAUGCCACAGAGAGCAGCUCUGAGAGCUUCUUUCUGAGUGGCCCCCAAACCCUCAUGACAAACUCUCAAGUACAACCUGUAAGUGCUAUACCAGAGGGUUAA